AUGGGUUCUGUCGUGUUGCCCCAUCUUCACACCGCAUGGCAUGUUGACCAAGCCAUCCUUAGCGAGGAGGACCGACUUGUGGUCAUUCGAUUCGGUCGAGACCAUGACGUCGACUGUAUGCGCCAGGAUGAAGUGCUUUUCAAAAUCGCCGAACGGGUCAAAAAUUUUGCUGUGAUUUACCUCUGCGAUAUCGACGAGGUGCCUGAGUUCAACACCAUGUAUGAACUGUUCGAUCCAAUGACCAUUAUGUUCUUCUACCGAAAUAAACAUAUGAUGUGUGAUUUUGGCACCGGAAACAACAAUAAAUUAAACUGGGUUCUCGAGGAUAAGCAGGAACUGAUCGAUAUCAUCGAGACGAUCUACAAGGGCGCAAAGAAGGGACGCGGUCUUGUGAUUACUCCACGAGAUAUCGGUAUUGAUUUGGCUGUUCUUUGUGCGUUGCUUUGUUCGUGCGCCGGCCCGCCCAUUUCUUCACCUCCCGACCGCCUUUGGAACCUCCCCAAAGACAACAUCAACAACAUGAUCGACCACGCCAUUUUUGAAAGCCUCCAGGCCAAAAUCGAUGAAGAGACCGCAGUGCGCGAUGAGCUUCAUGAGAUUGUCCAGACGCUAGCAAGGAAGGGGAGAUCUACGCAAGCGAUCCUUUCACGAGCGCAUUCUACCCCCGCAGACAAAUUGCCCCCCAUCCUCGAAGAAGCUACACAGGAGAUCAUCGCUCAGCGCGAUGAAAUCGCUCGCUUAAAAGCUGUAGCUGACAACCAUCCCUUCUACAAAUACAAUGGGCUGUGGACUCGCGAACUGCAAAACCUGGUCUCGUCGAUUGAGCUGUGCGCAUACCUCGGCGGGUUUCAGGAUUUCAAGAGUACUAGCUCGGCGUCGUUCUUGACGAUUGAAGAGGUUGGGAAAUUUCUAAAUAUUCCGGUGAAUCUAAAGGAGCAGGAUGCUUUCCAUUUGACGAUUGAGGAGUAUUUACUUGCGUUGAUUGCCAUGGUUGAGGAAUUGUCUCGUCUAGCGGUCAAUUCGGUCACUCUGGGAGACUACAGCCGUCCCGUGCAAAUUGGUAACUUCAUCAAGGACUUGUUUGCCGGGUUCCAGCUGCUCAAUCUGAAGAAUGAUAUCCUGCGGAAGAGGAGCGACGGGAUCAAGUACAGCGUCAAAAAGGUCGAAGAUGUGGUUUACGAUCUUUCCUUGCGUAAUUUGAUUCCUAAGGGCGGUGCUGCUUGA